GAAGCAGGCGCAACCCGCCCUUUAUCUAGUUUCAGGCGUUUAUUUUUUGCCUGCUAGCCUUUCACUGAUGCACAUGAUUCCGAAGAAGCGAUUGGUCGAGGGCGGUGUCUGUCAGACGGUGAGGGCGUAGCUCUGUAUUUCGCUCACUGUCAGAGCUCGAGGGACGAAACGAAGGGUUCGUUUCCGUUUGUAGGCUGCGGAAACCGAGUUUCACAGUGCUACACAAGCCGAACAGAGACCGAUUGGAGCUCGAUCCUACGACCGAGAGGAGGAAAGAGGACAGUAAUUGAGGAAGACCUUGUAAUCAAAAUACCUUCCAAAUUUACACUAAUAUUACACUUUAAUAGCACUCAAACCCAGUGCCUGCGAAGAUGGGAGACAAGGCGGGGACCAGAGUCUUCAAGAAGUCCAGCCCCAACUGCAAGCUCACAGUAUACCUGGGGAAGAGAGACUUUGUGGAUCACCUAGACCAUGUAGAUCCAGUGGAUGGAGUGCUACUCAUAGACCCAGAAUACCUAAAAGACAGAAAAGUCUUUGUGACUCUGACCUGCGCGUUCCGAUAUGGUAGAGAGGACCUGGACGUUCUGGGCUUGUCCUUUAGGAAAGACCUCUAUAUCUCCACCUUCCAGGCCUUCCCUACCCUCACCACAGAGGAAGGUAAACCACUCAGCCGGCUGCAGGAACGACUGCUGAAGAAACUAGGCCAGCACGCCCACCCAUUCAGCUUCACUAUCCCUCAAAAUCUGCCCUGCUCAGUCACUCUACAGCCAGGACCAGAGGACACAGGGAAGGCCUGUGGAGUAGACUUUGAGGUCAGAGCCUUCUGCGCUAAGACUGUAGAGGAGAAGAUACAUAAAAGGAACUCAGUGCGUCUGGUGAUCCGUAAGGUGCAGUACGCCCCAGAGAAGCCUGGUCCUCAGCCCAUGGUGGAGACAACACGAUCCUUCCUACUGUCAGAUAGAUCCCUACACCUAGAGGCCUCCCUGGAUAAAGAGCUCUACUACCAUGGAGAACCUAUCAGUGUGAAUGUCCAUGCAACCAACAACUCCACCAAAACAGUCAAGAGGUUGAAAAUCUCAGUUCGCCAGUAUGCUGACAUUUGUCUGUUCAGUACGGCUCAGUACAAGUGUCCUGUUGCACAGGAAGAGGCAGAUGACCAGGUGUCCCCCAGCAGUACGUUCUGUAAGGUGUACACCCUGACUCCCACGCUCACCAACAACCGAGAAAAGAGAGGCCUGGCUCUGGAUGGCAAGCUGAAGCACGAAGACACCAAUCUGGCCUCCAGCACUAUAGUGAAAGAUGUGUCCAAUAAGGAGGUUCUGUUUGAUAUGUUCCAGAGUGAAAGAUGUCUCCAAUAAGGAGGUUCUGUUUGAUGUGUUCCAGAGUGAAAGAUGUAUCCAAUAAGGAGGUUCUGUUUGAUGUGUUCCAGAGUGAAAGAUGUAUCCAAUAAGGAGGUUCUGUUUGAUGUGUUCCAGAGUGAAAGAUGUAUCCAAUAAGGAUGUUCUGUUUGAUGUGUUCCAGAGUGAAAGAUGUCUCCAAUAAGGAGGUUCUGUUUGAUAUGUUCCAGAGUGAAAGAUGUAUCCAAUAAGGAGGUUCUGUUUGAUGUGUUCCAGAGUGAAAGAUGUAUCCAAUAAGGAGGUUCUGUUUGAUGUGUCCAAUAAGGAGGUUCUGCUUGAUGUGUUCCAGAGUGAAAGAUGUGUCCAAUAAGGAGGUUCUGUUUGAUAUGUUCCAGAGUGGAAGAUGUCUCCAAUAAGGAGGUUCUGUUUGAUGUGUUCCAGAGUGAAAGAUGUCUCCAAUAAGGAGGUUCUGUUUGAUGUGUCCAAUAAGGAGGUUCUGUUUGAUGUCUCCAAUAAGGAGGUUAUGUUUGAUGUGUCCAAUAAGGAGGUUAUGUUUGAUGUGUCCAAUAAGGAGGUUCUGUUUGAUGUGUUCCAGAGUGAAAGAUGUGUCCAAUAAGGAGGUUCUGUUUGAUGUAUUCCAGAGUGAAAGAUAUCUCCAAUAAGGAGGUUCUGUUUGAUGUGUCCAAUAAGGAGGUUCUGUUUGAUGUCUCCAAUAAGGAGGUUCUGUUUGAUGUGUCCAAUAAGGAGGUUCUGUUUGAUGUCUCCAAUAAGGAGGUUCUGUUUGAUGUCU